AUGUCAAAUAAAAUACGGAAAACAAAAAUAACCGCUAACUACAAAGUUAAAGAACCUAUAAAUAACUUUAAAAUAAGAGUCAAAAUCGUACAGCAAAGGUCUUUACUUGUAGAACUGCUCGAGAACGAAGGGGAUACGAGGGACUCGAAUUUUCUUGAAGAAGAAGACCGUACUUUUAACUGGCAGGAAAAAGUAUUCAGUCCAUUCGAACUAAGUUUUUACAGCGAAGAAAAAAAUUGCCUGAGUGAAUGUCAGAAGGAAUAUUAUCGACAAAUCAAAGAGAAGGAUAUUCAGGGUUCUCAACUGUACACUUAUACACAAAACGACUUGUACUAUGCGGAAAAGGAACUGUUAACGAAACCUUAUACAACGAAAUUGAUGAUCAGAAACCAAGCUGCAUUGCCGGCCUUGCAAAAUCGUAAACCUUUCCUUGAAAGGUACAAUAAAACGGUAGUAGAUGAUGCACCUAGUGAAACAAGGAUUCGAGCGAAUCAUUAUCUUUACAUGGACUCCUCUGUGAUGUAUGUCAUGGUUGAUUUAUCUCAACGAGAUAAAGCCUUGGCAAGCUCUGACAAGGAUGUGGAAACGGUGUUGUGUGUCAUUAUAUAUGACAAAUCGCACAAAAUUUUGUCAGUUAAUCCCGAUUUUACGAACGACCGUUAUUACACUAUCACGAAUUCCAGCGGUAUCCAAUUUAAUUAUUGGAUUGAGCAUGUUUCCGAGAAGCAGUCGUCAUUGGAAUUACAGCAACAACAAAACGAAUCACGACGGAAAAUUAAAGAGCAUCUGAUGUACAAAGGAGCUGAAAUAUGUCAUGGCUUGCAGCUAUUAUCACCAAAUGUACAUAAAUUUUUCAUAAAAUUGGAUAUUUUGUCAGCUCAUGACUUCUUCUUUGAUGGACUUUGCAUUUCUUAUCACAUAGACUUACCAGAGCAAUGGAGUACAAAUCAAACUGAUAGAUUAUUUGGAAGAACUCAGAGAUGUAACUUAAAGAAUAAUUCUGCAUAUUUUAGUUAUGCCACUGAAAUAGUAUUAAAUUUUCAAUCAACAUAUAUGACUGAUCAAAACUAUGUUUCAUCAUCUUGGCCUCGAUUGUUACUAACAGUUACAUCACUUGAUAGCUGGUUCAGAUACCGUACAGAGGGUUAUACAGCAAUGCCUUUGCCUGUAUUACCUGGUUCAUAUAGAUUCAAACUUCCAACUUGGCGACCAACAGGAAGCAUUAUUAAUUCUCUUAGAAGAUUUUUCACAGGUGGUACUUAUGAAUUGGAAGAUAUAACUUACUGCAGUAUCCCCAAAGGAUAUGAAGAUAAAAUGUUAAAUAAGUCACAAUUAAUGGUUACAUCCAGUGGUUAUAUAAAAUUAAAUAUAAAUAUUAUUCACAAAACUCAUAGUUCAAUUAAAGAUAGUGAUCAGAUAGAUUACUUUCAAAGACUCAGUACAAAUAAACUUAUGACUAAUGUAGAGAAUGUUUUUGAACAAUUUAAAGCAGCCAGAGAACGUAUGUUACAAAUAAGAAAUUUAAAUAUUUAA